GCCAAUAAGAGAUCUCCAUCUACUGAAAAACUCGAACAGGGAACUUCUGCUUUCAAUAAACAAACGUCUGUGUCACCUGCAGGUCUUCAAAAUUCUGUUGCCAAAAGAAAAAUGGAAAAGAAGAGAAGUUCAUCUUUAAAUAGAAGAGAUAGCAAACUACAUUCAUCUACUGAAACAGAACCAGGAGAAGAAAAGCCAGCUCAUCGCUCGUAUAUUGGUUCUCAAGAGAAUAAUUUAAUCAGUCGCCUGCUCAUCCCAACAAAAGCAUCAUUAGCCAGAAGCAAAAGUGCUGCUUCAUUAUCCAUCCCUGGAAAAAAUAUUCCAGCCAUUAACAAUCACAUGCUCCAGCAUAUAAAUGUGCCCUCUCGUAGCUAUAGCAGUGAUCAAUUGAAGACUACUGUCACGUUUCCCAAGUCAACAGUGAAAAUGCCUCAAACAAAAUUUGCAAUGGCUCCUCAGGAAAAAGUAGAGACACCCCUCAAGGCAAGUGUGGAAGUACCCCUAAAGGUGAAUGUGGAAGCAUCCCCUGAGGCAAGUGUGGAAGCGCUCCCUGAGGUGGGCAGGGAAGCAUCCCCUGAGGUGAAUGUGGAAGCGCCCCCUGAAGCAAGUGUGGAAGUGUACCAUGAGACAAUAGUAGAAGUGACUCCCAAGGCAAGCAUGCACUCCUCCCCUGAGACGAGUGAGGACUCAUCCCCCUUGGUGAGUGUCAAUGUGUCCCCAGUGGUAAGUACAGAUGACUCCCUGGAGGCAAGCAUGGACACAUCUCCUGAGGCGAGUGUGGACACAUCCCCUGAAGCAAGCCUGGAAGUGCCACCAGAGGAGAGCGCUGAAGCAUCCCCUGAGAUGAUGAUAGAAGUGAACCCCAAGGUGAUGGUAGAAUUAAACCCUGACGUGAUGGUGGAAGCACCUCCUGAGGCAAGCGUGGAAGUGCCCCCCAAGGCAUUCCCUGAGUUUAGCAUGGAAGCAUCUCCGAAGGCGAAGAAUUCAGAAAUGGACAAACAGACCUCAAAUUCCAUUACCAAGAAGUGCCCAUCAUCGUACAUACCAUGUUAUAAAUGGUCAUCAUCUCCUGCAAGUGGGUGUCAUCCACCUUCUCCUGUUAGCACUAAGCAAAUCCAAAAGAACCGACCCCCGUCACCUUCAUCAGUUGUUUCAAAACCAUCAUCACAGGCUUCUCUUUCCAGUAAAAUAAUACCUGUUCAGCGUACCCCAGUUGUUCAAAAUACAUUGGGUACUGUCAAAAAAAAGAGGGAAGCAGUUUCUAAAACUACUAACAAAUGUGAACCUUUGAGCCAAAGACAUAUAAUCUAUGAAGAGUCUGGUAAUAAAAGCACACCAGGGACUAUGAAUGCUGAGGAGGCAACAAAAAUUUUGGCAGAAAGACGCCGCCUUGUUCGGGAACAAAGAGAAAAAGAGGAAGAAGAAAGGCUCCGGCAAGAAAUGGAGCCAAGUGAGUCUUUGCCGGAAGGACUUCCUGUGGAGGGAGCAAAUCUCAUGUACAGUUGUGUGCAUUCGAACUCAAGCGAAAGGUUUCUUCCUCCUCCAUCUUGUGGCCCAUUUUAUGUUGGGCCCUAUAAUGUAAACCUCCGUCCACUGGCUGCAAGUGUCAUUAGGGAAAUCAAAGAUGUGGCUGAGAAAGCAGUUGAAGGCCAAGCUGAAGAGUUCUCGAAACUUGAAGAUGAGCAAACACAAAAGGAUACUAAAAAGAAGAAAGGAUGUCAGGAUCAAGAAGACCAAGAAGUACUGCUGCAGAAAAGGGACACCAAAAUAAAGGCUCAAGAGGAAGCCAACAAACGCAAGAAGGAACAUGAGAGAAUUAUGUUACAAAAUUUACAAGAAAGAUUAGAAAGAAAAAAGAGAAUUGAGGAAAUUAUGAAGCGGACGAGAAAGACAGAUGUGAAUGCCUCAAAGGCUGCACAAACAUUUGGCAAUGACACAUACGAGGAGGAUGAAGCUGACGAUGAGGAUGAGUCUGAAAGUGAUGAGGACUCUCUUGAUGAAAUGUUUCCAUCAGCCAUGCAAAAUGGCAGAGAUUCACCUACCAAACUCAAAGCCAAGAAAAUGUCACACAAACUGGUGUUUCUAGAAGCCAAUACUGGCCAGGUUCGUAAAGAGCCAAAAAUGUUUUUUAAUGGCGAUUUGAAAACCUUCAAACAAAAAAGCACGAAAGACCCUUUGACACAGAUAAAAGCUUCAAGACCAUCUACCAAAAGAACCAGACGCACAGCAAAAACUGGAAAAGUAAAUGGAUCCAACACCACCACCAGAUCUUCCCUGAGUUUGAAUUCAAAGCAGGAGUGGAUCUGUGACAAGAUGAUGGACAUCAGAAGUCACCCAGAAACAUCUGUAUCACAUAUCCCUCCUGACAGCCAGAAACACAAUCUGAAGGAUUCCAUGACAUUUUGCCGAAGUUCCCAGACACCUUUAGGUGACAAGAGAAGAAGCAAACCUGUUUCUCCCGAUUCGGAUGAGUAACCUUUCUGCAGCCUGGGAGAUUAAUACACCUUCCGCUAAGGAUAGCUCAACCCCCAGGUCUAUCCUCCAAAAUUUUCCUGCUUCCAACUUUAACCUGGCAGAGGAAAUGACCAUCAAACAAAAAAAAAAAAGGAAAACAUCAAAAGGUCACCUUGACAUAUAUCUCAGAAGAUGUUCAUAUAUCUUAUUCUCUUAUGUCCACACAAGAGUUCUGAGUAAACAUUCAUUUUUGUUUUCCUUAAAAAAUCA